AUGUCGGACGGGAAAGAUGCUCCGCAUGACAAUGCUAGGACUGUCGAAAUCGAAAACCAUCCAGUGAAGUGGUACCGCUCGCCUACAUACAAUGCAACCAUUCUCGGAAUAUGCAGCUUUGCUGCGCCUGGUCUAUGGGGAGCCAUGAAUUCCUUGGGUGCAGGAGGCGCACAAAAGCCGUACCUCGUCAACACCGGCAAUGCACUCACGUUCUGUCUAAUGGUGCUGUCUUGUUGGGCCACCAGCAGCAUUGUCAAAUACAUCGGCAUCAAGGGUGCCCUCGUCGUAGGAACCAUCGGAUUCGCACCGUACAGUGCGGGCUUAUACCUGAAUAACCGGUACGGGGUUGAGUGGUUGGUUAUCCUUGGUGCUGCACUCUGUGGUGUUUCGGCUGGAAUAUUCUGGGCGGCCGAAGCUGCUAUCGGAAUCACUUACCCCGAGCCAAAGAACAGAGGGAGAAUGGUUGCGUACUGGUUGACCUGGACUCGACUUGGCCAAAUUCUAGGUGGCGCGAUCAACUUGGGCAUGAAUGCGGAUCGAGACCAGGCUGGAAAGGUAUCGCACAAUGUCUACUUGAUAUUCAUCGCGCUUCAAUGCUGCGGCCCUUUCGUGGCGCUGCUGCUCAAUAGCCCGUCGCAGGUCCAGCGAUCAGAUGGCAAAAAGGUCGAGCUCUCCAUCUUCGACCACCCAUGGCAAGAGUUCAAGGCAACUACGAAAACAUUCUUACGCCUAGAGUUCCUGCUUCUCAUUCUGUGGAUUGGCCAGGCAGUCUACUCAGAAGCCGUCUUUUUCACAUACAUUGCACUUUGGUUCAGCGUCCGGGCAAGAGCCCUUGGAUCAUUUGUCUCGGGCAUUGUCGCCGUCAUUGCCGGGAAUCUUCUCGGCCUAUGGUUGGACCAGGCUCAAAUCGCACUCAAGAAACGAGCUCGGUGGGCUUUUGCCGUUAUCAUGACGCUCCAGGGAGCGUGGUGGAUUUGGCUAACCAUCAACGUCACGGAAUUCCGACGCACGCAGCCAGUGUAUGACUGGAGUGAUCCUGGAUUCGGUCGAGCCUUCGGAGUCUUCGUGUUUCUGGUUUCGGGAUUUCAACUGAACUACAACUUUGCCUUCUUCAUCAUCGGAGAAUUAUCGUCAAACCCCCAAGAAACCAUUCGCUUGUCGGCUCUAUUGAGAGGCACUGAAUCGGCUUGGCAGGCGAUCAGUUAUGGGUUGGGUGCAGUCCCCAUCUUCGCCUCCGUCGGCAGCACAUACCUCAACUUUGGGCUUUGGGGCUUAUCUUUGUUUCCAGCCUGGUUGGUAAUCCGGAAAUUCGGGACAAACCAAUCUCAAAACACCGACACUGAGAAGCAGGGAGACGCCUAG